AGAUGAUCCUAUUGUAAAUUGAAUAACUUCAUAGAUUAAGAUGGCUUCAACAUAAUUUCUUUGUUGUAAUAACAUUACUAAACUUAAAAUCGAAACUCACUCAUAAAAAUCAAUUUGAAUCAACAUUAUAAUAGACUACUCUUAAACAUUUUAAAGAUGAUGGGAAGUAGAUCCUAGCAUUGAUAAUGAUCUUUAUCUCAAUGUUUAGCAUUGCUUAUUAUUCAAACUACCCUCAUUAAAAAUGAAGUGUGUAAUACAAAACCAAUAACCUAAACCAUCAUAGUAAGCUUGAAAUUUUGUAUAUUAAUUCAAGUAGAUAGUUCGAAUUCCUCAUUAUUAACUUGAAGCCAUAAGCAAUUUUAACUGUUAUAAUUAAGCUGAGAAUCCUAAAUCAACUCAAGAAUAAGGAGAAACUGCUG